AUGAGGCGGCCACUCUACCUGGAGGGGCAGAUCAAUGAUGUGUUUAUACGGAGGGCUUUGGUAGACACGGGUUCUUCUGUCAACAUUUUGCCUCUGUCUGUACUUACAGCAGCUAGUAUUCCACUAUCCAAGAUCGUGCAGUCCCAGACAAGCAUUAGCGGCUUUGGGAAUCAAAGUGAAGUUACAGUUGGAUACAUGCAAGUAAAUUUGAAGGUAGGGCCAAUCCAGUCACUUACCAAGUUCUAUGUGGUGGACGUAGAUGUGGCUUAUCACACUUUGCUGGGAAGGCCAUGGCUCAACAAGCAUAAACUGGUGGUCUCUACUUACCAUCAAUGUGUAAAAGGGAGGAUUGGGCUAAGGCCACUUCGUAUACCUAGGAGCCAAGCACCGUUCAACCAAAAUGAAGCUCACUACUCCGAGGCAGAGUUCUACACUGAAUGCACAGGCGCCGGAAGCAACCCAUCCAAGGAUUUUGGGACUUACCUGCCGUCGUGGACCGAAAUUCGUGAUCUAAGCAACGAGGAGCUCAUAACCAUCGUUGAUCGAGAAAGAAAGAGACACUCGGAGGUCAACAACCAUGCAUAUGAUCAUCCUCAAUGCUCAAAGGUGACGUUGCCAGAUGGACGCACUGUAUACCGCUUAUGA